AUGGAACAUACCGAGAAAAGAAAUACAGGUAGGCCGUUUCCGAAGAGAGAAGAAAACGAGUGGGUACCCAAGACUGCUGUUGGAAGGCUCGUCAAGAUGUUCAAGAUAACGUCUCUUGAUCAGAUCUUCAAAUUCUCCCAUGUGAUCCGUGAACCGGAAAUAGUUGAUAUGCUAUGCGGCAAUUCGAUAAAGGAAGAAGUUUUAUCGAUUAAAUCUGUUCAAAAGCAGACAAGAGCAGGCCAGAAGACCAGAAUAAAGGCAGUGGUUGUAGUUGGAGAUGGAAAUGGGCACGUUGGCCUUGGAACCAAGGCCUCGAAGGAAGCAGCAUCUGCAAUCCGAGGAGCUAUAUCUAGAGCUAAGUGUGCAAUAAGACCAGUAAGGUUAGGGCUUUGGGAUGGAGCCCAAGGAAAGCCACACACAGUGUCCUGCAAGGGAUCUGGAAAGUGCGGAACUUCGAUUGUCCGGGUGGUUCCAGCACCAAGAGGAACAGGAAUUGUAUCUGGAGGGAUCAACAAGAAGAUAUUUGAGCUGGCAGGUAUUAAAGAUCUCUACACGAUAUCUUCCGGUGCCACUUCAACAACAGAAAAUUUUGCUAAGGCUUCCAUUGCAGCUCUAGAAGCAACCUCCUCGAUGAUUCUUCCGGAUCAGUGGGAGGAGAAGCCAAGGACAUUGAAUCCAUUGCUGGAGUUUGCCGAUAUUCUUAAUCAACUCGAUAAAAGCCGUAUUUGA